AUGUGCCGCCCCUCAUUAUGUUUCGCCUACUCCUCGCAGGGUGUGUACAACACCGCUCGCUGCCGGGGCAUUGGCAACGAAGCGAUCGUGCAGGCGCUGCGAGAGCUUGCGGGCUACGAGGGAGGCAUUCAAGACGACUACUUCACCGAGCACGGCGAACUCGUCAUCAACCAUCGAAUAGUACGGUAUGCCAAGGCAGCCACGGCGGUGCAGGGGUGUUCCUACAAGUUGGAGGGCAGGGUCAGGCCUGGACAGCUCCCGUUUGUGGGACCAGCAACGGCUGAGCAGAUCUCUGACAUCAUCCGGACGGGAACAUGCGAUGCCCUGGUCAAGUUCAGGUGA